GGGCUCCUCACUCGCUGCACGUCCCACACCGGAUAUACAGGACUACACCUGUCGCGAGCACUAUGUGUGUUGUCAUUUUAGCGUCCGUGUCGCGACACCGGACAGCACGAGACUGACACGAGUGUCGACGUUACAUUUAAAAAAACAAAACAACAACGAGCUCCUCCGCCCCCCGACCGACACCACCAGCUUCAUGUUCCCAGUGAUAUUUUAAUUUCACCCGAGGAGGACAGCUAGAGGAGGCAGCAGCAGAAGCAGCAGCAGCAGCAGCAGCAGCAGCAGCAGCAGCAACCAUAAUUCCGGUGGAUGGCUUUAGUGUUUUUUUAGUGGCUCAGCAGAGCAGCCAGCCGGGGAGCGGGAUGUCGAGUCAGCACCAUCAGCACCAUCAGCAGCAGCAGCAUCAUCAGCUUCUUGCGCAGCAGCAGGAUAGCAGCAGCAACAGCAGCAGCAGCGUCAUCCUCAUCAACAGCAGACCAACCAGCAGGAUGUCGAGGCAGCAGCAGCAACAUCAGCAGCAGCAUCUUCAGCAGCAGCAGCAGCAGCAGCGGACGUCGCUGAAACUCUACAACACUGUGGUGGAGGUCAAGAGCAAAUUUGAGGCAGAGUACCGUCGCUUUGCUCUGAAGAGGAACGGUCCAGACGGUUUCCAGGAGUUCUACCACCUCCUCCAGACUAUUCAUCACAUCCCUGGGGUUGACGUGAUCCUGGGAUAUGCCGACGUCCAAGGGGACCUCCUCCCGAUCAACAACGACGACAACUUCCACAAGGCUGUGUCCUCAGCCAAUCCGCUGCUCCGUAUCAUCAUAACUAAGAGAGAGGAUGAACCUGUUGUAUUUGGAACCAACUCCCUCCAGAGGCGUAAAAAGGGUCUGGGCUUAACUGGACUGCGCCCCACCGGAUCGGGCUCCACCCACUCAAAGAACAAACCGGGCCUUAUGAUUGGGCUCCCGCAGAACUUCCGGCAGAUCUCGUCCAUCAUUGACGUGGACAUUUUACCAGAGACGCACAGACGCGUGCGGCUUCACAAGCACGGUACCCACAAACCACUGGGCUUCUACAUCCGCGACGGGGUGAGCGUGCGCGUGGCGCCGCAGGGCGUGGAGAAGGUUCCCGGGGUGUUCAUAUCUCGUCUGGUACGCGGUGGACUGGCGGAGAGCACGGGGCUGCUGGCUGUCAACGACGAGAUCCUUGAGGUGAACGGCAUCGAUGUAGCGGGAAAAUCUUUGGACCAGGUUACAGACAUGAUGGUGGCCAACAGUCACAACCUCAUUGUGACUGUGAAACCAGCGAACCAGAGGAACAACGUGGUGCAUCGUGGGAGUAAAACCUCAAUGGGAAACUCUGGUUCUGUGGGCUCAGCUGGAUCGACGGGCUCGGCUUUGUCACAUGACUCGCCGAGCCCCGCCUCUCAGAGCAACCCCAUUACCGCAAGCAACAGCAUCGCAGAGGGCGACAGCGACGACGACGACGACGACGACGGCGACCUCAUCCUGGAGAACGACUGCCUGGUCCCGUACGAGUCCCACCGGCUAAACAACAGCUACGACACAAACCUCAACAGAGACUCAACGAACAACCGGUCGCCCCGCUCCACUGUGGCGAGGCCCCUCCCACAGAGCAUCUCGUUGCCCAACAGCGUCGGGGCGUCUCUGACUGACAGCUCGGUGACGACGACGUCCAGACACAGCGAGAUCGCGGCCAGUAACAGUCGAGAGAGCAUGAGAGAGGACGGCAACGUGAUAACACUGUAGCAGGGAGGACUAUUACGGGAUGUCACAACCGCGGCGUGCUGUAACCGUGGUAACAGCAGGUAGCCGCACUCUCCCUGGUAGACGGAUGUGAGGCGGUGUGUUGCCGUUGGCGGUGACCGCUGAUCGUUUACUUUUAAAGGUGGACUGAGUCUGACAGGACACACACACACACACACACACACACACAGUUUCUCAUCUACAGUCAUACAGACAAUACGGACUUUUUAUAUGUCUGCAAGUGUAAGCUGUUCACCUGUAAGCUUCUGUGAGCAAAAAAAGAACUACAUAUACAUAGAGAGAGAUAUAUAUAUAUAUAUAUAUAAAUAUAUAUAUAUAUAUGUUCACUGGAAGUGAAUGAUUUAAAUGGGAAAGAUUGAGAAAUAAUUAUAAAAAGCACCUGUAAAAGCCAUAAAUCCAUUUGAGGUUCUCUUUCAAAUUUAUUUUUCCUUUCUUUUUUGUCCGAAGUGACAACCAUUAAACGAUAACCAUAAAUGUGAAUGACUGUGAAAUCAGAGCCAGGAGAAGCCGACCGGCUGAGUGCAUCAGGACCCUGUAAACAGAACGCUGAGAACAGCGAGAUGAAAUGAAAUAACAACAAUAAGAGAUGAAUGUUUAAAGGAUGAGCUCAGCGUGCACAGAUGCUUGUAAUGUUCACUUUCCAAAAUAGCUCUAUUAAUGGCAAAAACCCUGAGUUCUAGUCAUAAUAGUCAGGAAGUGGUUAAUGAACUGUCAAAGGUGACGCAAAAGGGAUUCAGUUAUUAGGUUUUUAACUUUCUUUCUAACUUCCUUGUGAUUGUUUUGAUGAUUUGAUUUUACUUUCUUUCAUAAAAUCGUUUGUUUUCAGAAUAUGAGACGUAAUUCAAACGCGGGGGUUUUAGGCAAACUUGUACUUUUACAGAACAUGAACUUUUUCUGAAACGUGUAUAAAAUUUAAAGAAAUGGAUCAUUGGUUCCACAACACACUACUGAAUAAAGAGGGUGGUCAGCUCGACUGUACUGGUA